CCGGCGAUAGAGCCAACGGAGAAGCAGCCUCACAAGCUCGAAAGAAAGUGGAGUUUCUGGUUCGAUAAACAAUCCAACCAAUCCAACCAAUCCAAGCCCAAGCAAGGCGCCGAAUGGGGAGCUUCCCUUCGAAAAGCCUAUACCUUCGACACCGUCGAAGAUUUCUGGGGUUUGCACGAGACUAUAUUCAUUCCUAGCAAAUUGACACCGAGUGCUGAUAUUCACUUGUUCAAAGCUGGUGUUGAGCCAAAGUGGGAAGAUCCAGAGUGUGCUAAUGGUGGAAAGUGGACAUAUGUUAUUACCAGUAACAGGAAGCAAGCUUUAGACAAGGCUUGGCUUGAAACUUUGAUGGCUUUAAUUGGAGAGCAAUUUGAUGAGGCGGAUGAGAUUUGUGGUGUGGUUGCUAGUGUUCGGCUAAAGCAAGACAAGCUCUCCUUGUGGACAAGGACGAAAUCAAACGAAGCUGUUCUGAUGGGUAUUGGGAAGAAGUGGAAGGAGAUACUCGAAGUCACCGACAAGAUAUCUUUCAAUAACCAUGAUGAUUCUAGAAGAAGUCGGUUCUCUGUC